AGGCUAUACCACUUCUGAUUUUGUGUGAUUUUUGUGACCCAUCUCAGAUUUUCCAUGGGUACUCUUUUAAGAACACACAGUAAGCUUGAAUUGCUACACCCACUUCAUGGGUUCGCAGAAAACCACAAUCUUUUACGCUCUUCAAAGCUUCAAACCCAAUUCAGGUUUGGUCCCAAUAGGUCUAUUCGGAAGGGGUGUAGGAAUGGUUUUGUUAGGGCCCGCUGUACUCCCCUGUUGGAGCUCGUUCCGGAAACCAAAAAGGAGAAUCUUGAGUUCGAGCUCCCCUUGUAUGACCCAUCAAAGGGCCUUGUUGUGGACCUUGCGGUUGUUGGUGGAGGUCCAGCAGGACUUGCUGUUGCACAACAGGUCUCCGAGGCAGGCCUCUCUGUUUGCUCAAUUGAUCCAUUUCCAAAAUUAAUCUGGCCUAACAACUAUGGGGUCUGGGUCGACGAGUUUGAAUCCAUGGACCUGCUUGAUUGCCUCGACACAACCUGGAAUGGUGCCGUUGUGUUCGUCGAUGAACAGAGAAGGAAAUAUCUGGAUAGACCCUAUGGUAGAGUCAAUAGGAAACAGUUGAAAUCGAAAAUGAUGCAGAAGUGUAUAUCAAAUGGUGUCAAGUUUCAUCAGGCUAAGGUUAUUAAGGUUAUUCAUGAGGAAUCCAAGUCUCUUUUGAUAUGUAACGAUGGAGUCACGGUUCAGGCAACUGUAGUCCUUGAUGCCACUGGGUUCUCAAGGUGCCUUGUUCAAUAUGAUAAGCCCUAUAACCCUGGGUACCAAGUUGCUUAUGGAAUACUAGCAAAUGUGGAAGAACACCCCUUUGAUUUGGACAAGAUGCUUUUUAUGGACUGGAGAGAUUCACAUCUUACCAAUAAGAAAGAACUGAAAGAUAAGAAUAGUAGGAUUCCUACAUUUCUGUAUGCAAUGCCUUUCUCAUCUGAGCGAAUUUUUCUAGAAGAGACUUCUCUUGUUGCUCGACCUGGGGUACCAAUGGAAGAGAUACAGGAAAGGAUGGUGGCUAGGUUGAGACACUUGGGUAUAAAAGUGAAGAGCAUUGAAGAAGAUGAGAAGUGUGUCAUUCCAAUGGGUGGCCCUCUUCCUGUGCUCCCUCAACGGGUUGUAGGAAUAGGUGGAACUGCAGGGAUGGUACACCCCUCAACUGGGUAUAUGGUGGCAAGAACUCUUGCAGCUGCUCCGGUAGUUGCAAACUCAAUAGUGCGGUACCUUGGCUCUGAGAGAGGAAUUUCAGGAGAUGAAUUGUCUGUGGAAGUUUGGAAAGAUUUGUGGCCCAUCGAGCGGAGGAGGCAGAGGGAAUUUUUUUGCUUUGGCAUGGAUGUUUUGCUUAAGCUUGAUUUACAAGGCACAAGGAGGUUCUUUGAUGCAUUUUUUGAUCUAGAGCCUCAUUACUGGCAUGGAUUCUUGUCUUCCCGAUUGUUUCUUCCUGAGCUUUUAUAUUUUGGCCUUUCUCUAUUCUCUCAUGCCUCCAAUACUUCUAGGAUUGAGAUUAUGGCUAAGGGCACAGUUCCUUUGGUAAACAUGGUUGGAAACUUAAUACAGGACAGAGAGUAGUGGAAAAUUUCCAUUUGGUAUCUAAAGUUUUAUCUCUAUUUUGCGCAACUUCUCUGAGUUUGUAGUUAUGCGAUUUUCUUAUUUAAUCUUGGUAACAGACAUCAGGCAUCCUCUGCUUGAAUUAUUUACGGCGGAAGGGACCCAAAUACCCAACAUUUCUGCUCAUCUGUGGUACAACAUGCAUGUAUUAUGUAAUAAAACUCUCAUUUGGAAUAUUUAUACAAAGAAUUAAUGGCUGUUAGACUGUAAGUUUUG